GGAGCCGCCUCAGCCCCUGCCGGCGGUGGAAGAUGGCGGAGCCGGGGCCGGACUGCGGCGCCCUGCUCGACGAGGCGCUCUCCUCCUUCGUCUUCAACUACCUCGCCGACAGCCAGUAUGAGGUGUCCGGUGAGGAGCACCUCUACUCCGACUUCCCCGAGAUCGAUUUGUCCCAGCUGGACGCCAGCGACUUGGACUCGGCCGGCUGCUUCAGCGAGCUGCAGUGGUGCGCGGAGCACUCUGAGACCGAGUCCAGCCAGUACAGCACCGACGACUCCGAGCUCUUCCAGAUAAUAGACAGUGAGAAUGAAGCGCUGCUGGCGGCCCUCACUGAGACUUUGGAUGAUAUUCAGGGAGCUGACGUGGGCCUGGCUGCCUUCCGAGCUCUGGAAGAGGGGGACACGCUCAACCAUGCCUACACCUCGCCUGCCCCUUCCCCCAAACCUGCCGUCCCGGUCUCGGGGGGGCCGCCCCCGGCCCCCGAGGUUGAUGAGCUGUCUCUACUGAAGAAGUUGCUCCUCUCUCCAUCGCACGCGCCUCCCAGCUGCGAGGCUCAGAGAGACGGGAGUGCCCGGCGCCCGGGGACCCCUAAGUCUCGACCCUCGAGGCCCUGCACAAAGGUGGAGGCUCCCCGGGACCGGAGGGCGAGCGUGCCGCAGGCGCAGAGCCGCAGCUGCACUGAGCUGCACCGGCACCUCACCUCAGCGGCACCCUGCGCCCAGACCUCAACCCCCCGCGUGCCGGAGGAGUGCCACAGCGGCCGCCACCACCCUGCCACGGGCGACUGCGCCCACCAUGAGGAUGACAGCGACUCCAGCGAGGACUCGCUGAGCUCUGGUGAUGUGGUGACCUCCCCUUCCUCGGCGGAGGACAGUGCCAGCAGCCGGUUCUCCUGCGAUGGGGAGAUGCACACGGUGGUGGAGCUCAUCCGCUACAUGCACACCUACUGCCUGCCGCCACGGAAGCUGCCCACCCGUGACGCCACUGACGCCAAGCCCCAGCCCUGCAGCAGCCCCUUCAAGAGAGCCAAACCGGACUGUCCCCCGCAGCCGGGACACCCUGGUGGUGCCGAGAGCCGACCGGGCUGUGCCUGGCAGGCGGCCGGGGGCUGCAAGAAGCCCGCAGCAUCCUUCUCCAUCCUGAAGGAGCUGCUGGCACGGGACCUGCUGUGUGAUGUGAGCAAGCCCUACCGCCUGGGCAAGCCUGUGUAUGCCUCCCUUGCCCGGCUGCCCACUGCCAGCUGCCCCGCCAUGCUGGUCCAGGAUGGGGCGGACACUGGUGGGACCUCCAAAUCCAGAGCCAAAGUGGUGCCAGAGAAAGCGGAGCCAAGGCAGAGCCUCGGGGCUGAGGCAGAGGCUCCACGGGAACCUGGCAGUUUGGAGGAGGAGGCUGGGAAGUGCGUGGGCGCCCCAGCUGUGUCCACAGGGAAGGCAGCCCGGCGGCCGGAGAGUACCGUUUACGCUGUCCGCCGGUCCAAGAGACUCAAUCCCGAGCUGGGCCACUGGCUCUCCUUCCUCGACGAGCCGCCCCUAGAGCCCUCUGUGCCCCAGGAGGCCCUGGCCUCCAGGGAGUCCACGCUGUGCCCGUUGCUGGAGGCCUUCUCCGCUGAGGAGCCCGCGGCCGAAGUGGAGGUGGGCGGCACGGAGGAGGGAGACGGCGGGUGCGUGGCACCGCCGACAGAGCCUCAGCCCCUCGUCCUGGCAUCCCCAGGGGGCAGCGAGUUGGGCAAGGGUGCUGAGAGCCAGCGCUGUGCCCCCCGGCAGCAAGCAGAAACACUGCGGUGUCUCACGCUGUCCUUGGCGCAAACUGACCCAACCUUUGGGAAGAGAAACUUUGAGCCAAUGCUGACCGUGGAGCUGUGUGGGACAGCAGGUCUCACGCCGCCCACCACUCCGCCGUACAAGCCCGCCGAGGAGGACCUGUACAAGCCAGACAUCCCCCAGGAGGCAGGCAAGGAGGACAGCACGGCCCCCAGCCCUGGGGCUGGGAGCACAGGGGACACAGGAGCCUGCCAGAAAGCCCCGAAGAAGCACCCCGAGAGGACAGAGCUCUUGGCCCAUCUGAGCCGUGCUGCCGAGCAGCCGGGCGUGCUCAAGCGGCCCUUCUCAUGCUCAUUCGGGGACCAUGACUACUGCCAGGUGCUGAAGCCGGAGGCCACCCUGCAGAGGAAGGUGCUCAAGUCCUGGGAGCCCCCAGGCCAGAUGGAGAUGGAGCACAAGAGGAGGGUCCCGGACGUGCACUACCAGGGGCUGGACCUCGGCGGCAAGGAGGCAGGCGGCAAGAUGGUGUGGAAGGACGGCGUCAAGCAGCUGCGAGACCAGGAGAUCAGAGCCAGCUUAACGAAGCACUUUGGCUUCCUGGACAGUGCUCUCGAUAACGAGGACAUGGCCUUCUGCAAGACCCCCGAGUACGACACCGUCUUUGACGACAGCUGCAGCGAGAGUGGCUCGCCGGCAGAGGAGGAGGAGGAGGAAGACGAGGAGGAGGAAGAGCACUGCGACAGCCCAUUGGACGCCAAGCUGUGCCUGCGGAGAAACCCCCUUUCCAGGACCAGUUUGCAUUACUGUUCCCGGAGCAGGUCCAGCUCGGGGUCUUCGUGCUGCCGGUCCCGAUCCCCCACCAGCAGACGCACCUUCAGGUGUGAGAACGGCGAGCAGUGUCAAGGUGGCAGCGGGAGCCGGGGCCAGCUGGAGAAGAAACGGGAAAAGGCCAUCGGGGAAGGCCGGGUGGUGUACAUCAGGAACCUCUCCAGCAACAUGAGCUCCAGCGAGCUGAAGAAACGCUUUGAGGUGUUUGGUGAGAUCGUGGAAUGCCAGGUCCUGUCCAGGACUAACAGGGGGGAUAAAUACGGCUUCAUCACCUACCGGUAUUCAGAGCAUGCCGCCUUAUCUCUGAAGAACGGCACCUCGCUAAGGAAGAGGAACGAGCCUUCCUUCCAGCUCAGCUCUGGUGGCCUCGGGCACUUCUUCUGGACCAGAUACGCUGACUUGGAUUGCAGCGCGGAGGAGUCCUCCCCGGCACCGGUGAAAAGCAAGUACGAGACCAUGGAUUUUGACAGCUUGCUGCAGGAGGCCCAGCUCAGCCUGCAUCGGUAACAGCCUUAACCCUGGAGGAAUACCUCAAUACCUCAGUCAAGGCACUUCCAAUAUGUUUACGUUUUCAAAGAAAUUAUUCAGUCUAUGACAAGCGAGAGAGAGCGAGAGAGCGAGAGCACGCACGCGCGAGAGAGAGACUGCUGUCCCUUUCAAUCGAUGUUUACAUUGAACAAAGCUGCUUCUGUCUGUGAGUCCCCAUGGUGUUGAUGUCUCACUGCCACACAUUAGUCUCCCCGCUUCUGACUGGUUGUUUUAGGGUGAGCCUAGGAGCCCCCGGCCCCCUCCCCACCCCGGCCCCGACCCCGUGCUCCCAUCGUGGAGUUGCAGCUGUGUUCACCAUAACAUUUUUUGUCCGUAGUGUGUGAUGAUGAAAUUGUUAAUUGUGAAUAGAAUCAGGAUUAUAAACUAAUUUUUAAUAGAAGAGGAAGAAAAAAAAAAGUAUAUGCUUAAAAAAAUGUAUUUAUGGCUCAGAUGUACUGUAAUUCAGAUUUAUUGUACCGCUUCCUUGAUUUUUAACUAUGCACUGUAAUGAGGCACUUGCCACUGAGCAAAUGGGGGGUCAGAGCAGAGUCACAGAGCCAGCGUUGGGCCGCAGAAGCACCGGCCUCCCCGGCAGUGUCCCAGGGCCCUCUGCGCGCGGGGCUCCCCCACUGCUGCCAAAGCCAUUUUCCUCACCAGGGGGCGAGACCCCGGCACCCAGCUGCCAGGCAGGCCUGGUCAGAGGCCCGUGGGCCGCUCCUGCCGUGGCAGCCUGCAGGCGCAAGGGAAAGGGGUGGUGGAAGGAGCCAGCGUCGAACCUCUGCUGGGCGGCCUGCAGCCCUGCUGCCUGCCGGCCGCCAUCGCUGCGGCCCUGUGCCGGCAGGCCUGGGGUACCCAUGGAGGGAGCGGGGCGUGAGGAUCCUUCUCGUCUCUGCCUGUCCUCUGGCCGGUGUCUUAUAAGCCAUACGCUCACCCAGCACGCCGUUGGCAACCUGGACCCGUGCCCCCCCCGCCGGCACGGCACACUCUCUGCUGUCACCUCUGCCCCCUCGGCCCGGCUCAUGCCCAGCAGUGUGAAGGAAGCGUCAUGGCUUUGCUGUGUGUUUGCGGCUCCCGGCUGGCCUGCCGCUGCUCGUGUCAUCCCCCCCGCCUCUCGCCGGGGCCCUCAGGCCUCCCGGCAGCGCUGGAUGUAAGGCAUGCUCAAGCAGCAUCCUCGCCAAAUUCACUUGCAAGCUUGCCCCCUGCCUCUGGGAGAGGUGGGAGGGGGAGAGCCCCUGCCCCUGGUUGGAGGAGCCCCAACCGAGAGCAGGCCAGAGGCACCAUUUCCCAGAGGGAAAGGAAAUCUUGCCGGCUCUUCAAGCCAUCUCCAUUGUCUCCAUUUACUUCCCAGACACAGAGACCACUAGGGAUUCAGCCAUCCUAUGUAGAUAGAAUAUUAUAGCCUUAACUCUGCCAAUAGAUAGAUUAGAGUCUUCUGGGGUCUCCCCUGUACAUGACUUAGGGUUUUUAUUCUCAUUUCCUCCGUGCGGACACCACUUCAUCGUGCAGGGAGUAUGACCAAAGUCUCUGAAAUUGUGUGAGGUUCAAUUCCAGGAACCCACACCCUGCCAACAUGGCCCUUGGCUCCAUGGGCACGUUUGCACCCCUGACAGCCCACACUGAUCCCUGGCAGGAGAAGGGGUGCCAGCAGCAGUACCAGCACCAUUACCCGGUUAUUUCAUGCUGCUCUUGUGGAACCCGCGGUUCCGACAGCAACCGGUGAGGCAGUGGGACAGCCCCGGUGGGUUGAACGGCUGCUCCCAAAUCUACUGCCGGUGCCAGUCGCUGUCCUUGCGCCACUUCGGUCUCAGCCCAGAGCAGCAGCAAGGGUCUCUGUCUCUCCUGCCACAGGCUCUCCCCACCUCCGCCCUGACUUAGCAUACACGAGUAACCCUGGCCGAGACUGAGUAUCUGCUAUUGGCAAUUGCCUCAUUGUAGCUUUGCCUUUUUCUGUCCUAGUAUUUCCUCACAACGAUGAUGUUUACAUGUGAUUGCUAUAGAGCUUAUGUAGAAUGUAUAUAGCGACACAUUUAGGGUGGGUAGUACUGUCCUGUGCUGUGCUGAUGUUUUUCAGAAAACGAUCAAUC